AUGGCAUCUACCCUGGAGAAGUUCAUUCAUUCUCUGGAUCCCAGAGCCCUUCCCAGGGUCCUCCAAAUCCAGUCAGGCAUCUAUUUCCAAGGCUCCAUCUAUGAAAUGUUUGGAAACGAAUGCUGCCUGUCAACAGGAGAAGUCAUUAAAGUUAUUGGCUUCAAAAUUAAUAAGCUCAUAGCAAGUAUCUGUGAGAAUAAUGAAGUCAGCCAGUUUUCAGCCAAAGUGGAAUUACCACUAAAUUUUCCUG